GAAAACAACGCAACUCUUUUGUAGUAUGUAUGACUUUUGAGAUGUACCUUGUACUUAAAUUGUCUAACCUAUGUUGCAAGUAGAAUAAAUCUGCUGCGUCGUAAAGAGGUUUUUAAAGUCGUAGUUGAUUACUUUAUCUUUCGAGGAUGAGUAGAGAUGUAUAGUUCAAGGUCAAUUCGUUGCCAAGCAUUAUAAGCUAGUGAGAAGUGUAUCUUGUCUUUUCAACAUGAAUUUGGUGAAAAUCAGAAACCAACAGAUGUUUGUUUCAAAUGACAAUCUACUUGAUGUCAUGGCGAUGAAUCCAAAUGAAAUGAAAUUGGAGCCUGCCAGCCCAACUGACAGGGAAAGGUUUCCCUUUUCCCGCAGCAGUAGCACGGGCUCCCUGCAUACUCUGUCUUCAUCAGCCCACAACUCAGGUGAGGGUGGGAGGGCUGGAGGCAACCUCAGUAGCAGCAGUGGUCAUGAUGAUGAAGAUAGUGACAACAAGGGAUCAGCACUUACAAGUUACAAAGAGAGACGCAGAGAAGCACAUACGCAAGCCGAACAAAAACGCCGAGAUGCCAUUAAAAAGGGUUAUGAUUCUUUACAAGAUCUUGUGCCCACUUGCCAACAAACAGACAGUUCAGGAUAUAAGUUGAGCAAAGCUACUGUGCUUCAGAAAUCUAUAGAAUAUAUUGAGUUUCUGCAACAACAGAAAAAGAAACAGGAGGAAGAAAGAAAUUCACUCAGAAAAGAAGUGGUUGCAUUGCGUAUCAUGCAAACUAAUUAUGAGCAGAUUGUGAAGGCUCAUCAGAACCAGCCUGGGCAAGCAGAAAUGCGUGUUUCUGAUGAGACAAAAUUUAGGGUGUUUCAGGCCAUUAUGGAUCAGUUGUUCCAGUCAUUUAGCAAUGUUUCAGUUGCUAAUUUUGCUGAACUCUCUGGAUGUAUUUUUAGUUGGUUGGAGGAACACUGCAAACCACAGACUCUUCAUGAUGUUGUGCUGAAUGUUUUACAACAACUCAACGCACAAGUAAUCCAAGGCAACGCAAGAGCAUGAGGUACAUGAGCUCUGACGAAAUGUGGGGCCUUUUAAAGUUGUGUGACUUAGUAAACUUUGUGGACUUCGGACUUUUUUGUUUGUUUUUUGCGCACCAAGGAUCAUUUUAGAGCCAUGCUGUCUGUGAAUAAAAAAUUGCGUCCUUGCUCACUGGUUAGCAAUCUAGAACUCACAGCUCAAGUUUGAUAUGAAAACUCGAAAGGAACUGAUGGUGUAUUGUGGGUUCGAGAAUUACAAUACUCUUGCACAUUUUGAGCAAUGGUUAAAAAGAAAUAUUAUAAAUCCCAAUUUCAUACGUUUCUCAUUUUGUGAAAUUAAAGUAAUUAAGUAGCACUAAUGAGUAACAACCAUGAACAGUAAAGGUACAAAAUAAUUAAGAAGAGAAUAGAUAAUGAUAAUUGAGUAUAUCAUGCAGUACAUCAAUUGUUUCUGCAUGUCUUCGAUUGAGAGCAGCAAUUUUAAUAGAAAUGAUUUAAUAGAUGUGUAUAUAUUAGUAUAUUUUCUGUUAAAUAUAUAAUUUGUGCAAUGAAGCUUUAAGGAAUUAAAAAUUUUAUAUAAUGAUAUUGUUAAUAUCAGGUUUUGUGUUCAUUGGUGAUGUGAAGAAUGUAUAUAAAGUUGUUGUACUUUUAAUAUUGUUAGGAUUACAUAAAAUGUAUUUUAAUUCAUAUUUGUAUUUUGCAACUGCAAAGUAAAAUUAUUAUUUCCAACAUCAGCUUAUCAAGUAUUUGGUAUUUUGGUGUCUGAAAUCUCAAAUACAAUGUGAAUUAUUGUAUGUGAUGUAUAUAAUUGCCAACAUUUUUUGAAAGGUAUUUCAAGAAUAAAUAUGCUGAAGACAGAA